AUGGCAUCACGGCUGGCAGCCUGCGAGGCAUGUCGGAAAUCGAAGCUGGCCUGCGACCAUAAGCGACCGGUGUGUACGCGCUGCAGAAACGCCAACCGGGCUGCCCUCUGCGUCUACCGCGCGACGCCCUUCAAGCGGAAACGAGCAGAGCAAUCGUCUCCAAUUCCGGUGCAAUCGGUCAGCCUCUCUCCAGAUCCAUCGCCGUCCUUCAGCCCGAGGCGAACUCCGUAUCCCAAUCCCGGCUAUCUGGGGUCUUCGAGUCAUGUUGCCAUCUUCAACCAGAUCUCCCCGGAUCGGGAUCAUCGAUCUGAUGAGCCAUGUCCUGAUAGGCCGUUUCAGACAGAAGGCGACGAUGUUCUGAUACGACAGUGUGCAGAUGCUCUGCGGCAUUUGUUGAGCACAUUCCCUCUGGACGAAUUGACCAAUCUCGUCUCUUUCUGGAAUGCCAAAGGGGUCAAUCUGGCUCUCGCAGAGCCUUUUGUCAAGCCAUGCAUGGAUACGAUGGCUGGAUUGUUGUCGACCUUGUCUGACGAGAACUGGCACCUCAUCUAUGCCCGCCGUUGGCUGCAGAAUUCAGCCCGGCCACUGCGAUUCAGCCAGACAUCGACUAUCGACAGCUUCGCAGCGCAAUUCAUCCAUAGAAAUGCCCGCUGGGAGACAGUAGGAAUAUUCUUCUCAGCCGUCAGUCGAGCGACAAUGGAUGUGCCCUUCUUUCCUCCUCUAUAUUCCAGCGAGAAGCAGCAAUACGCACUACGGAGGCUUGCCACCAAACUGAGCGAUCAGGCCCUGGAGAUUUCUCUCUCAUUAGACUGUCUGAAUGAUCUGCAGCUUAUGCUGCAGUAUGAAAACUUUAUCGUGCAUUCCCAUGUCGAUGGAGAUCAGAGUUACCAUUCAUGGCGAAGACUCGGAGAUGGAAUAGCGUCAAUCUAUGCACUUGGCUACCACGAGAAUGUGGAAUCGAAGCCCGACACUCCGCCAUUUCUAAAGACGCUACGUCAGGCAGUUGCUGCUCGACUCUAUUCGGCAGACAAGAAUGUCGCCAUCUUUCUCGGUCGACCACCGCGAAUGAGCAAGCGGUUUUACCAUUUUGAGUUGUCGGAUUGGACAUUUGGUCGCGAUGCCAAACCCAGCUAUAUAGCAGAGACGUAUUGGUCUGCAUCGUGCGCAUUGCUGAAAGAAGACAUUAUGGAGAUAUCCCGGGAUGGCAAAAGUGAUGCAAAUAUCCAGAAAGCAAACAUCAUUCAAAAGCAAGCCAAGGCCCAAUGGCAGAGUCUUCCUCCUCAAUUCCAACUCAAUGGGAGUCUGAAGCAAUGCCAUCGCAGUCCAUUUGAGCUCGACUUUAUAGCCAGUGUGCGCCUCAACCACUUGCACGUCUUGUUCCUGCUGCGUCUUUUCUUGCUCGACAGUCCGGCUGAACCUGAUGUAUGUAUUAUCGAGGUGGCACAGCAAAUGCUAUCUCUGAUUGUAGAAACGAUUCUUCUCCGAGAUCAACUUGUCAAUUCAGGAACAGGACUCAUCUGGAAGGUCAAUUACUACGGCCUUCCCGCAGCGGGAAUUAUUCUCCUCGCCAUGCUCCGAGAGCGGGACGCUCUAUCGACAGCCCGGAUAUCAUGGACUAAAACACUACAAGAUCUUACUGUAUUCGUAGCAGAGGUGGAAGUGGGAACCAUCAUCCGACCGGGAGAUCCAAAUUACGCAUUAUUAUCCAAAGCAACGCAGACGAUCCAGAAGUUCCUCGACUCUGUGCAUUCUGAAAUGGCGCCCCAUGCGGGCAGCGCCGAUUGGACUGCCGUUCUGGGCCAGGAUGCGUGGGAUUUCGAGUUUGCUUUCUGGGAGAAUCUGGCUGAUCAUCCCUUACUAGACCCGUUGCCAGAUAUAUAG